AUGAGAUCAAUUUCCCCGAAUGCAUAUCAAUCGAACAAAGAUUCCUUUUCAUCUCAACCUUAAUAAUAACAAUAAUAAAAAUAAUAACAAUAAUAGAAAGCAAUAUUGAAACCACUUGUGUAUGAAGCAGUUCAUGUCCCUGUUAAUGAAUAGAUUGUUAAUGCAAAUAACUUUAGAUUAAACAUGUCGCCUACUCAUGUUGCACCACCAUCAGGUUAAACUGUCUAUCGAACAGUAUAAUCUCCCAUCAAUCCGAUUCCCCAAUAGGUUAUCUAACAAAUUUAAAAUAUCUAAACUUUCCCUUAGCAAAAAGAUUUGAAAUUAUAAACAUCUGUGGCUGAAUUUUAAGUCCCAUAAUCCCAAUCCCAAGAAACACUUUCAGCAAAAAGCGAUGAUCGAUUUUACAGAGAAGUAGAAGACAGAAUUCGAGUAAUUAGAAAUGAGAGCGAUUCAUGGAAAUAAAAGUUUAUCAUUAGUGAAAAUGACAAGGUCAAAUAAUUGUAGGAUAUGGAAAACCAUUACAAAAUGGAAAUGCAUAAUUAAUCACAACAAUUGAAGCAAUUUUAUCAAGUUACAACCAAUGAAUUAAAUGAUGAGCUCAAACAUUUGUAAAGAGAAUUGGAUAAUUCAAAUAGGGAGACUGAAAAAGCAAGGAAGAAAUGCCAUUAAUUAGAGAUGGACUAAUUUGAAUUAAAGACCUAAAUUGUUGAUGCUAAUGCUUAGAAGGACUAAGCCUAAAAAGAAUUGGUACGAAUGACUAAUCUAUAUCAAAGAAUCAAAAUUGAUAUGGAUGAAAUGAGAACAUAAUAAGAGAUUAUGAAAAAAAGGGUUGUUAAUGAAUAAGAACUCGAUAAACUUAAAGAGAUAAUCAAUUUAAGAGAAAAUGAAAUUGAUGAUUUAAAAAUGAGAAAUUCAUAAUUAGAAAUAUUAGGAAUAGAUGUCCGAAAGUUGGAUACCUAAAACCAUGAACUUUAAAAUCAAUUAGAAAUACUACAGUCAUAAAUUUCGAUAUAUGAAACCAAAAUUAUAGAAUAACGAAAUGAAAUUGACAAUUUAAAUUCUAUCAAUAAACGUCUGAAUAAUUAAUUAUAAGAGAAGAAGAAUCACGACAAGCUCUCCAGAACUAUAUAAGAAUAGGAAAUGCUCAAUUAGUUAAAUUAAGCCUAAGUUGUCUCCCAAGAAAAAGAUAAUUAGAUUAAGUCAUUAAAUAUUUAGUUCUCUUAAUUUUAAUUAAAGUAUGAUUAAAUGCAAUAAUAAAUGCAAUCCAUGAGAGAGAAUUAUGAACAAGAACUAACUGAAGCAAGAAUGAAGCAAGGAAAGUUUGAAUAAGAAUUCUAAGAUGAUAUUACAUAGAAGUUUUAACUAAUGUCGAGAGAAAUAUAAUAGUUUCAAUAAGAAAGAUAAUAACUAUUAAAUGAUUUAUCCUAAUAAUCAUAAUAAAAGAUUCGAUUAGAUUAAAAAAUGUAAUAGUAAUAAAAGGAAAUCGAUAAUUUUAACUACUAAUCCUAAUUAAGAAAUAAAGAAUUACAUGACAACCAAGAAACAAUGAACUAAUUGACAAAGUAGGUAACAACUUUAACUAAAGAAAAACAAAAUUUAUAGGAAUAAAUUCAUAAAUUGCAUUAUUAGUAUUAAGACUUUAAUAAAGUGAAUUAUUACUAUGAAAAAGUGCUUUGCAGUAUUGAAAUGGAAGCAUUAAGGGAAAGAUUAGAUAAUGCACUUUCUGAAAUAGAAACAAUAAAAGCUAAUCAACUUUCUAUGUAUAAAUUUUCAUGA